GGGUUCCACCCGGCUGUGGCCGUCCCCCGACCCCGCCCGGCCCCCUCAGCCCCGCGGGCGCCGGGUCCCCAGGCCAGGCCGGGGUCGCUCGGGGCUCCCGGGCCGCUGCCCCCAGGUGCGGCGGGGGAGGGGCGCGGGGCGGGGCGGAGAGGAGGAGUGGCGCGGAGCGUGUGCGGCCGGGGAAGCCAUUGCCUGGUUAAUAGUUGCUGUUGCUGCACUUCCGCUUCGCUCCCAGCGAGAGCGAGACACGAGUGGCCAGGCCCAGCCGCAGCCGCAGCAGCAGCCGCGGCGGCGGCACGGAGCAGCCAGACACAAAGAGAGGGGCUGUUCGCGGGGUGGGGUGGGGGGUUCGCUAUGUCGGAUGACGAUUCGAGGGCCAGCACCAGCUCCUCCUCAUCUUCGUCCUCCAACCAGCAGACCGAGAAAGAAGCCAGCACCCCCAAGAAGAAGGAGAGUAAAGUCAGCAUGAGCAAAAACUCGAAGCUCCUCUCCACCAGCGCCAAGAGGAUCCAGAAGGAGCUGGCAGACAUCACUUUAGAUCCUCCACCAAACUGCAGUGCUGGUCCCAAAGGUGAUAAUAUCUAUGAGUGGAGAUCAACCAUUCUCGGGCCUCCAGGAUCUGUGUAUGAAGGUGGUGUAUUCUUCCUUGAUAUCACUUUUACACCAGAAUAUCCCUUCAAGCCUCCAAAGGUUACAUUUCGUACAAGAAUUUAUCACUGUAAUAUUAAUAGCCAAGGAGUUAUUUGCUUGGACAUAUUGAAAGACAACUGGAGCCCAGCACUAACCAUCUCGAAAGUCCUCCUCUCUAUCUGCUCACUCCUUACAGACUGCAAUCCUGCUGACCCUUUGGUGGGAAGUAUUGCCACUCAGUAUAUGACCAACAGAGCAGAACACGACAGAAUGGCCAGACAGUGGACCAAGAGAUAUGCCACAUAAACUGGGUUUUCACAGUUCUUACAUUAUUUGUCUGUCACAGAAGAGAGCUGCUUAUGAUUUUGAAAGGGCAGGGGUGGGAGUUGGUAAAGAGUAGGGUAUUUCUAUAACAGAUAUUAUUCAGUCUUACUUCAGGAUUUUGUUGUAACUUAAGGUAUCUUGCUACAGUAGACGAACUGGUAAUAGCCACUUCUAGAACUGUCAGUUUGCAAGCUUAGCUGACUUUUAGUACAACAGGAAAGAAUGUAUGUGUAGACACUUGGGUUCCAUUGAUUAUAGUCUACUGUAAUUUCCAAAUCAGCUUAAAUUUGUAUAGGUCAUACACACGGCCAUUUAUGUAAAGUCCUAUUUUCUUGUUUGAAAAAAUUGGAAUGUUUUUCCUUCUUAGAAGGAAACAAUGGUAUUUAAUAGUCUGCAAAGAUUGUUACCUCGUAUAUAUAAAAUGAACACCUGGCUACAAGACACAAAGUAGGACAUGAGUAGUUAUUGUAUUUUAUUUUAUAUGCAAAUUACCUUAAGGGUUGAUUUGUGGAAACCUGUAGUGAAAUACCUUAAGCUGUUAACUGUAAGUGUGGAAUAGGAACUGCGCAGUGGAUUGGUUGUUCUAGACUUCUUAUGUCUGCAUUUGUUACUGUGCUAAUAAACAAUAUUAAGAACAA